AUGGCUUCAGCUUUCCCUCCUCCCCCCAACCAGGAAACUUCGUUCCCUCCUCCCGUGCACCCCGCAAAUACUGCACCACCUGCUCCCCCUGCAAACGCCUUGCCGCACAGUAUAGCUUUCCCUGCUCCUCAAAGCUCUCCUGCAUUUCCACCACCAAACUUCAGCUACCCCCCUCCUCCGAAGCAGCAGCCUGCCAGCCCACCCCCAUCCGAUCCCAAUAAUGCAGCAUACAAUGUCAAUUCUGGGAUUGACAAUCCCUAUGCCCGGCCGACUUCUGUAUCACCGCCUCCCCAAUCCCCUCCUCCCGCCGUGCAACAACCGCAAAGAGCAUCUACAAUGCCCGUGCAGUAUAGUCCAGUCCAACAUAGCCCAGUUCAAAGCGUAUCUAGUGCAGACGAGGUGGGCACGUUCAAUGGCGGCAGCUACAGAAUUAGUCACAGAGACACAAACUCUGUUCUCACCUUGCAAUUGGCAAGGGGAUGCCCCAUUGAGGCCAAGCCUGGCGCGAUGAUCGCCAUGUCGCAUGAAGUUCAACUGAUGGGAAGCGUCAAGUUUGGAUGGAAGAAAUUGCUCGCCGGAGAAAUGACACUGUCCACAUACACUGGACCUGGUGAAGUUCUUCUUGCCCCCUCGACACUAGGUGAUAUAAUCGUGCUGCGCCUGUCGGGUUCUGAUUCUUGGAAAGUCGGCAAAGACGGUUUCCUCGCCGCGACCAGCGGCAUAGUUAAAGACUUUCAAGCCCAGCGCAUCAGCAAGGCUGUCUUCUCUGGCGAAGGCUUAUUCGUCUACAAGAUGACUGGAAUCGGCUUAGUCUGGCUUCAAAGCUUCGGUGCCAUCAUCAGGAAAGACAUCCCCGAUGGCGAAACCUACUUCGUCGAUAAUGGUCAUCUGGUGACUUGGAAUUGCCAGUACAAGAUCGAGCGAGUCGCAUCUGGCGGCAUCGUCUCCGGCCUUAGUUCUGGCGAAGGUCUUGCCUGUCGGUUCAUAGGCCCCGGAACGGUCUACUUGCAGACGAGAAACGUGAAUACCUUUGCAGCCCAUAUUGGGGCUUCUACGGCUAGUGGCUGA